AUGCCGAUUGGAGAUCUUUUAGCCCAAAUUAGCGGUGGAAAGUCCUCGGACAGCCCUGCGCCCGCUGUUCAACGACUACCAAGCGUUUCUAUCAAGCGAAAGGCAGAUGAUGAUCUCGCUAGGAAUGACUCCAAGACACCGCGUCUCUUCGCACAACCGGCAAAGUUGCCACAGCGACCCGUCACCGCCCCUUUGCCGAGACCGACCCCGAUCCCUUCGAAGACGGUAAAUAUUGCUAGUCGACCAGCCAAGCCGGUUGUUGCUAGCAAACCACCACCGGCGCCCUUAGCCGACCCGAGCAAACCCAAGGCUCCUCCGAAGAAGGGUUCCUAUGCCGAAAUUCUCGCACGAGCCCAACGGGCACAGGCCGUGAUGGGGCAAGUCGGGAAAAUUCAACACAAAAAGGUUGAGAAAGGAGCUAUCAAGAGGGAAAAAGAGAGGAGCGAUGUGAGGGCCGCACCAUCGGGUGCUCUGGGGAAGAAGCCUCCUGUUGGCUACAAGGGGUCGUCGAAGCCGGUACAGCGCAACGGUACCAACGGGAAUGCGACUUCAAAAGCUGAUCGGAACGGUGCGGCAUCCCGACCCACAGCCAAGGCCACGACAUCUUCAAGGAAGGCGCCCGAACCAGAGCCGGAGAAGAAGGUGAAAAAAGCAGCGGUGGCAACCACCGGCUACACCGGGACAGCCCGUCCCAAACCGGGCGCAAUAUCGAAGAAAGGCAGCGCUCAACGUGGUGGUGCCUUACUCAAUGCGCCUCCCCCCAGAUCAAACUCAUCCAGACGAGGAGGCCGGUACGAAGAUGACUAUGACGAGGAGAUGGACGACUUCAUCGAUUAUGACGACGAAGAAGACGACAAUCCACGCUAUGGUUAUGCGUCAGAUGCUUCAUCCGACAUGGAGGCUGGCAUGGACGACAUUGAUGACGAAGAACGAAUGGCGGAGCAAAUUGCUCGUCGCGAAGAUUUGCAAGAGGAACGACUUGAGAGAUCGCUAAAGGUGGCAAAGGAAGAGAGGAAGCGUAAAGCCCUCGAAGCCUUACGGGCCAAUCGACGCUAA